AUGGCCACUAAAAAUGUUUGGUUUGUAUUAAUACUAAUUCACGCUGUUUUUGGAGUUGACUUAGAUUACUUAUCACCAGUACUACGAGAGCAAACAUUGGUAUGUCAAAGUAUAUUACAAAAAUUACAUUGUCAUUUGAAAUGUAGUGAGAAGAAUGCUAUAUGCCUCAAAGAUAAAUGUUUCUGCGUGUCAGAUGCAGUUGCUAGAGAAUAUGCUAGUUUGAAUAUCGCAGAAAAUGAGAAAGAGGAUGGCAUAAUUGAUUUUAUAGACAGCGGAGAGGAUGAGGGUGAUGAAACUCGGAUCGAUAAUGUACCGAUUUAUGCGCUGCGACCAACGGUUCGCCAUCACAUAGCGCAUUUUUGUCCUAACCUCGAUAUAGCAAGAGAAUGCAUAAAAAAGUGCAUGACGGAAGGAAAACCAGCAUUUUGUGGGAAGGAUCAUGUGUGUUACUGUGGCCACAAGUACAGUAGCCACGAUAUUAAUUCUAAAGUCGAUGCAAAGGCCAUGUAUGCCCAGUUCCACGACUUGUACGAAAAAUACUUUGGAACUGAAAAAGAUGACUCUGUGGAAGCGUAG